UAGGUAAUAAUAAAGGUUUAUUCUUAGUGUCCACCAUCAGUACUGCCCACGAUGACAACGCCAGUAGCACCUCUUCCAAGUUUGCGAGUGUCUUCUCAUUUUAUUCCUAGCUUCAAUCUCAUCCCAAACACAUCCCUGAAAAAUUACCCUCUCCUCAUAUAUCACGAAUGUUUCCCACCGUCGAUAUCGGCUGCUGUUAUCGAAGCCCAUCUAAGGUCCAUCGGCGUCGUCGAGCCCCAGUGGAGGUACACUAUGUACAACACGACACACUUUCAUAGCACUACUCACGAAGUACUAUGCAUUGCAUCUGGUCGUGCGAGGCUAUGUUUCGGUGGAGAAGACAAUCCUGAAAGGGUAGAAACGGAAGUUAAGAUUGGGGAUGUCAUUAUUAUUCCUGCAGGCGUGGGGCACAGGCUCUUGCAAGACUUGGACGGUGGAUUUGAGAUGGUCGGAAGUUACCCCAAGGGAAAUGACUGGGAUAUUUGUUAUGGUAGGGAGGAUGAGAAGGCAAAUAUUGAAGCCAUCAAAGAUAUAGCAUGGUUUGACAGAGACCCUGUUUACGGCGACGAAGGACCUGCACUUCAGAUAGUAUAUGGUGUCGUGUAACGCGUCGUACGCCAUGCAUUCUGGAUCGUUCACUAAGCAGGAGAAACGAUAGAAUGAGACAAGUACCAGCGACCUAAGAAAACUAGCGGGCAAGUGAGAAGCAAAGUGUAGAUUGUAAGUAUGCGGAAAUGAAGACGCAACAAAAUGCAGCACG